AUAAUUUUAUUUACAAAAUCUUAAAAUAAUUGUUUUGUAGGUACUCUUCUCUAUAAAUAAAAAUAAUAAUCAACAAAUAAACUAUUUUUAACUCGGGAUUCGACCAGCGGUAUGCACCGUCUGCAGCUACGACGCGCGGGCGCGAUGGUGUGAUUGCGGAAUAUUAUGUAUUGUGUCGUGUAGGACGUUAAUGUUUUGAACAACGACUCGUGGUAUCUAAUAUCCCACAUUCGUAAUUUGUCGUGAUAUUGUCGGCUAACUUCGGUGCAAUGUUAAUACUAGACCAAGUCGUUGAAAAUGAAAUUAACGACCAGCCGCUAAUCGGCUAUUCGGCUAAUGGCAAUUAGUAGUGGGGAUCAUCGCGGCUGCACGUUGUACACUCGUACUGCAACGCCGAUCGACAAAAACUUAUUGUUUAUUUCUGUGCAUCACUGCAUCAGUAUUGUACUAUUGUUAAUUAGCAUGUACUACCUAUUCUAUCUUUUAUGAAUUUUAUUGCAAUUGAUUGAUAAUUCAAGACAGUUACCAGGUAUGUGUAACCGUAGCGAAGUUGUAAAUCAAUUAAAACAAAAUUGCUUUUCAAGACUUUCAUUUGCUGAAAAAAAAGUUUUAGUUCAAAAUGGUAGACCGUGUCCAGAUCUUGACAUUUUAACAACAGUAAAAAUUAAAAAGACGACAGAUAAUACGUCAUGCACUCGGCAUUUUCGUAAAGAGCUUUAUAAUAUAUCUGAUUGGUUAUGCGGUUGUGAAAUUUCGAAUAAAUUUUUUUGUUGGUCUUGUUUACUAUUUUCUACGAAAAAAACUGUUUGGAAUAAUCAAGGGUAUGAUGAUUUAAAUCAUUUAAAUACAGCUGUUAAAAAACAUACUGAAUCAGAAAUUCAUAUAGCUGGAUAUUUUAAACUUAAGACAUUUUUAUCAUCAUCAACUGCUAGAAUUGACACAUCAUUAGAUAAACAAAGAAAAAUAGAUAUUCAAUUACAUAAUGAAAAAGCAGCAAAAAAUAGAGAAAUAUUAAAAAGAUUAAUAAAUGCAGUAUGUUUUUUAGCUAAGCAGGAAUUACCUUUUAGGGGACAUAAUGAAAACAAAUAUUCAGUAAAUAGGGGAAACUAUAUGGAGUUAUUGAUUUCCAGCCAAGAAUUUGAUCCAUUAUUACAAGAACAUUUAGAUACAUCUACUAUUUUUCGAGGCACUUCUGUUUCCAUACAAAAUGAUUUAAUAAAUUCUAUUGCUGAUGUUAUUAAACAUGAGAUUUUUAAUGAAAUUCAAAAUACACAAUACGUGGCAAUUAUGCUUGACGAAACAACUGAUAUUAGUAAUAAAUCACAACUAUCGACAGUACUGAGAUAUUUUUCAAAAAACGAAAGCAAAAUUGUUGAACGUUUUCUUGGAUUUGAUGACAUGAGUGCUGACAAAACAGCAGCCUCUCUAUUUAAUCACGUAAAUCAAGUAGUUGAAAAAUUUAAAAUUGAAAACAAAUUAGUGGCACAAACAUAUGACGGGGCAGCAGUAAUGUCUGGCCAUUUAAACGGGUUGCAAAGUAAAGUUUUAGAGAAAUAUCCUAAAGCUAUAUUUACUCAUUGUUAUGCGCAUGUUAUUAAUUUAAUACUUCAACAAUCAUUAGAGUGCAACAAGGAACUUAAAAUAUUUUUUCGAGGUCUUAACUCUUUACCUGUAUUUUUUUCUCAUUCUCCUAAAAGACUAAAAGCACUUUCAGAAUUUAUGACCAAAAAGUUACCCACAUUGGCUACUACUCGUUGGAACUUUACUUCACGAUUAGUUCAUACAGUUCAUAAUCAUCGAACAUCAUUGGUUGAUUUUUUUAUGUUUGCUUAUGAAAGUGGUGAUUUUGAUAAUGUUACUGGAAUGACAGCAAAAGGUCAAAAAAUACUUGAUUUUCAAAACCAAUUAUAUCAAGAAAGGGAAAAUUUUGAUACUUUAUGGGAAUCAUUUACUGAAAAUGCUAACGAACUUUUUGUAAGCAAUCGCAGGGCCAAAGAAGGUGUCUUAAAAAAAGUUGUUGCGAAUGAUACCAUGAAAUAA